AUGCGCUCAGUCGAUUCUCUCCUCCUGCUGGGCCUCGCCGGCCUGGCAUCUCAAGCCAACGCCCAUCCUGCCAAGAGACAGCCCAAUUCCUCACCUCUGAGCAAGAGAGGUGUUGACUUGGAUGCUUUCCGCUUGCCAGAGCUGGCCAAGUAUGUUCCUCAAGACGAAGUCCCCGACAUCUCCAACGCCAGAGUUGCUCCGUCCUCCGAUUACACCAAGACUGCCGAGGAGUUUGUCAAGUCGGUGGUCGGGAAGGCCACCUUCCGUCUGGUUUCCGACCAUUACGUUGGAACCAAUGGCGUGGCCCAUGUUCGGUUCAAGCAGACUGUCAAUGACAUUGAUGUUGACAACGCCGACUUCAACGUGAACAUUGGCGCCGAUGGAAAGGUGUUCUCCUACGGAAACAGCUUCUACACCGGCAAGCUCCCAGGCCCCUUGGUCAAGAGGGAUGCCUCGGACCCUGUCACUGCCCUUCAGAGCACUGUCGAGGUUCUUGACCUCCCUGUUGAUGCCUCUGACGCCAAGGCUCAGCCCAAGGGUGAUGAGCAUUACUCUUUCACUGAUACUUCUGGCACUGUUCAGAAGCCUGAGGCUAAGCUGGUCUAUCUCAUUGACGGCGAGAAGAAUCUGAAGCUCACUUGGCGUGUUGAGACUGAUGUCUUGGACAACUGGCUCCUGACAUACGUCGACGCCGACAAGACUGAGAAGAUCGUUGGUGUUGUCGACUAUGUUGCCGAUCUUGCAACCUACGAGGUCUACCCCUGGGGUGUUAAUGAUCCCUCAAAGGGCUCUCGAAGCGUUGUUGAGGACCCUUGGAACAUCGGGACAUCCGAGUUCACCUGGCUGUCUGACGGUUCGGCAAACUACACGACGACUCGAGGCAACAAUGCUAUUGCCCACGUGAACCCCUCUGGAGGCAGUGCAUACCUCAACAACUACCGCCCAGACAGCAAGAGCCUCGAGUUUGAGUAUGACUUUUCCACUUCUCAGACUGACCCAGUCUCUUACCGUGAUGCCUCAAUCACGCAGCUGUUUUACACAGCCAACAAGUAUCACGAUCUUCUGCACCUUCUGGGCUUCAACGAGGCUGCCGGAAACUUUGAAGUCAACAACAAUGGCCAGGGCGGUCGUGGUAACGAUUUCGUCAUUCUGAACUCUCAGGAUGGCAGCGGUACUAACAAUGCCAACUUUGCCACACCUGCAGAUGGAUCACCUGGCCGAAUGAGGAUGUACCUCUGGACUUAUAGUACCCCUAGACGUGACUCGAGCUUUGACGCUGGAGUCGUCAUCCAUGAGUACACACAUGGCCUCUCCAACCGUCUCACUGGCGGACCUGCCAACUCUGCCUGCCUUUCUGGUUCCGAAUCAGGCGGUAUGGGCGAGGGCUGGAGCGACUUCAUGGCUACCGCAGUUCAUCUGGGCGCUCGAGACACCCGAUCUACAAACCAUGUCAUGGGUGACUGGGUGUACAACAACGCCAAGGGUAUCCGAGCGUAUCCUUACAGCACCAGCUUGACCACCAACCCAUACACCUACCGCAGUGUCAACACGCUCUCUGGAGUUCAUGCCAUUGGAACUUACUGGGCAACUGCCCUGUACGAGGUUCUCUGGAACUUGAUUGACAAGCACGGCAAAAAUGAUGCCGAUAUUCCUACAUUUGACUCCAACGGUGUCCCCACCGAUGGAAAGUACCUGGCCAUGAAGCUGGUAGUCGACGGCAUGGCCCUUCAACCCUGCAACCCCAACAUGGUCCAGGCUCGAGAUGCCAUUCUCGACGCUGAUGUGGCCCUCACUGGUGGUGACAACCAGUGCGAGCUUUGGACGGGCUUUGCGAAGAGAGGGCUGGGCACUGGUGCUAGAUAUAGCAGCACCAGCCGAACCGAGAGCUUCGACUUGCCCUCUGGCGUGUGCUGA